CGGGACUUCCGGCGUCUCUGGUGACCGUCAUGUUGGUCGGUGAUCGGCGUGUUUUCCGGGUGAGGGUACCCUGAGCGCCGGGUGGGACCGCGGUGACUGGGCUCAGAAGUGGAGCGGAAUCGUCCUCGCGGCACAGAGGCAGCUCUGCAGCCCCGUGACGGCGCUCGCUGCCCCCGGGCCGCACCUUCCCCGGAGUGUCCGAUGGCGGCGGCGGCGCCGAGGAUCCCGGCUCAGCAGGGCACUGUGACCUUUGAAGAUGUGGCUGUGAACUUUUCCAAGGAGGAAUGGUGUCUCCUUAGUGAGGCUCAGAGAUGCUUGUACCGUGAUGUGAUGCUAGAGAACCUGGCACUUAUAUCCUCCCUGGGUUGUUGGUGUGGAUUAAAAGAUGAGGCAGCACUGUCUAAGCAGAGCAUUACCGUACAAACAGAGUCUCAGGACAGGACUCCUAGGGCUGUUUCUCCUAAGAAGGCUCACUCCUGUCACAUGGGUGGCCUCAUCGUGGGGGACGUUUUUCACUGUGCUGACCACCAGGAAACUCAUCGCAAGCAGAAACUGAACAGGAGUAGGGCAUGUGGAAAAAACUUGGAUGACACUGCAAACCUUCAGCAGCAGCAGAAGCAGCAUAUUGGAGAGAAAUUCUACAGGAGGAGUGUCAGAGAAGCAUCGUUUGUAAAGAAAUCUAAAUUCAUGGUGUCACAGGAGUCAUUUGAAUUCUGUGACUUUGGGAAGGACGUUCUGCACAGUUCAGGAUCAUGCCAGGAAGAAGCCACUUACCCUGUAAAAAAGACAAACAGUGAAACUAAGCAUGGCUCACCCUUUCAGGAGGGAAAAACUAACUACAGGUGUGGAGAACACACAAAAGUCUCCAGCACCAAACACUCAUUUAUUCCACACCAGAAACUUUUCACUAGAGGUGGAUGUUAUAUGUGCAGUAAUUGUGGGAAAUCCUUUAGCAAAUAUGACAGCUUCAGUAAGCAUCAGCAAGUUCACACAGGAAAAGGACCCUAUGAGUGUGGAGAAUGUGGGAAAUCUUUUAGUCAAAAGCGCCACCUCACUCAACAUCAGCGAUUUCACACUGGAGACACAACUUAUCACUGUGAGGAGUGUGGGAAAUCUUUUAGUUGGAAGCGCAACCUUAGUCUACAUCAGCGUGUUCAUGCUGGUAAAAGGCCUUAUGAGUGUGAAGAAUGUGGAAAAUCUUUUGGUCAAAAGGGCAACCUCAUUCAACAUCAGCGAGGUCACACAGGAGAAAGGCCUUAUGAGUGCAGGGAAUGUGGGAAAUCAUUUAGGUACAGAUCCCACCUCACUGAACACCAGAGACUUCACACUGGGGAAAGACCUUACAGUUGCAGGGAAUGUGGGAAAUUAUUUAACAGGAAGUGUCAUCUUGUUGUUCACGAGAGAGUUCACACAGGAGAAAGGCCAUUUGAGUGUGACAUAUGUGGGAAAUUAUUUGGCAAUAAGAGCUGCAUGACUAUACAUCGGAGAGUUCACACUGGAGAAAGGCCAUAUGAAUGCAGUGAAUGUGGGAAGUCAUUUCCUUACAGCUCUGCACUUCAUGUUCAUAAAAGAGUUCACACUGGAGAAAAGCCUUAUAAGUGCAGUGAAUGUGGAAAAUCCUUUACUGAAUGUUCCAGUCUCACUAAACACAGGAGAGUUCACACUGGAGAAAGGCCUUAUGAAUGCACCAAAUGUGGAAAGACAUUUCAUCGAAGCUCUGCCCUUCUUCAACAUCAGAGAGUUCACACAGGAAAAACGCCUUAUGAGUGAGUAAAUGUGGGAAAUCCUUUGCUGAAACCUCCGGUCUCAUUAAACACAGGAGAGUUCAUACUGGA